UGUUCGACAACAUAUGCUGUUCCUAUCUGCACCAUCAGUGAUUAAAGUAAAAAUUAAUUGGACAACAGGGAGUCUGAUUGUUUUGUUAUCACAAAUAUAUAACUAUACCUAUAUCACCUUAAAAGUUGUAUCAAGAUGAAGUUUGCAAAAGUUAACAUCGCAGCCAUACUGAUUAUGUGCAUAUCAUACGCACAGGCCAAGUGUCGCUGCCAGCAAAUUACCACGGUGGUCAACGGACAAAAUGUGUGUUCCUGCAACCCAGGCUAUAUCGUCAACCCAGCUAAUCCUGCUAAAUGUCUAGACAUCGAUGAAUGCAAAGCUCAGUCGAGUCCAUGUGAACAGGUUUGUACCAACACACCUGGAAGCUACACCUGUUCAUGUAAUGAUGGAUACGUUAUAAGUAGCACAGACCCUACACAGUGUGACGACAUCGAUGAAUGCAGCGCUCAGCCAAGCCCAUGUCAACAGAAUUGCACCAACAGAGACGGAAGCUUCACUUGUUCGUGUAGACCGGGAUUUGCCGUAAAUACCACGGACCCAACUAGGUGUUAUGCACUCUGUGUUCCGUUACCAACUCCAAUAAAAGAAACCCGAAACGCUUCAUCACCCUUGGAAUGCUACUCAGCUUGUAGGGCAGAAAAUUGCUUCGCUUUCAAGUUUGCCGAUGGUGUGUGUACAACCGAGCGCUAUGUUGGAGAUGUUAGAAAUGUUACUCAAAACGUAGUUGCAGGAUCAGGCAUUGUAUGCUACAAUGACAGCACACAGUGCACUUUAAAAAGCGGUGCAACACCCGUAAAAGUUACUCCAACAAAUCACGAGGCUUGCUAUACCAAUUGCCUUGACAAUCCCGAGUGUAUCGGCUAUCUUUAUAUCCCCGGAGUAUAUUGCAUGCUGUACUAUCCGUCUGGAUCCAUUGUUGACAUAAACAAUUUUCCGGUGGAUAAAUUAGUCUAUCUUGAUUGUGAUAGAUAAAAAACAAUUGGGGAAACAAGUCUACAUUGAAGGCAAUGAAGUACUGCGGACUGUCAAAAUGUGUUAAUCUAACUUCUUAGAUG